UCUCACCAGGCUAACGGGGGCGUGGUUGGGCAGCUGCUCUUUAAUGACAGCACUGUCGUUUGUUUUGCUAGUCUAGCUUUUGAAGUUAAUGUCCUGCUGUCAACUCGUUCAGUUGGAUAUUAACGUGGUUAAGCAGAUAUUUGUGUAAAGUAAGGAGCUAUUUUAUUCGGUGUAGUUGUUGCUUGUUUUGAAUCUUAGCAGUAGCAAACAGCUAGCUAGCUAGUUAGCUAGGGCUAGCCAUGUUAGUUUUUAGCAUCGCUUGUAGCUAACUGUUAGCCGGAAGACUACAGUCCUCUAACGUAAAAAUAACUUUAAUUUAAGUUAAACAGGUAACACCAAUGUCAUACAUAGAUUAAAGGUGGCAGAAACAUUAGCUCUCACGCUGGAGGACCGACUUUGACGAUGGCGUUGACUGUGGAUGCCCCUGCAGAUGAGUGACCCUGAGAAGUGAUUCAGCCCGAUGAGUUAGCAACAAUGUCCUGCAAAUCAACCAAAGUUGCCCCUAGUGUUGAUUUCGACCACAGUUGCUCCGACAGCGUGGAAUAUUUGACGCUCAAUUUCGGCCCAUUUGAGACUGUACAUCGGUGGAGAAGACUCCCUCCGUGUGAUGAGUUUGUCGGUGCAAGGCGCAGCAAGCACACUGUGGUGGCAUACAGGGAUGCCAUAUACGUGUUUGGGGGAGACAAUGGGAAGAACAUGCUGAAUGACUUGCUCCGCUUUGAUGUGAAGGAUUGCUCAUGGUGUCGAGCAUUCACCACAGGAACUCCGCCUGCUCCCAGAUAUCACCAUUCAGCUGUGGUCUAUGGCAGCAGCAUGUUUGUUUUUGGGGGCUACACUGGAGACAUUUACUCAAACUCAAACCUGAAAAACAAAAAUGACCUUUUUGAGUACAAGUUUGCCACCGGACAGUGGACCGAAUGGAAAGUGGAGGGGAGCUUGCCAGUAGCUCGAUCUGCACAUGGAGCCACAGUCUACAGUGACAAACUGUGGAUAUUUGCUGGUUAUGAUGGGAAUGCCAGGCUGAAUGAUAUGUGGACCAUCAGUCUGCAGGAUCGAGAACAUGCUUGUUGGGAAGAGAUUGACCAGAGUGGUGAGAUUCCUCCAUCUUGCUGCAACUUCCCUGUAGCCAUAUGCAGGGAUAAGAUGUUUGUGUUCUCUGGUCAGAGUGGAGCCAAGAUCACCAAUAACCUCUUCCAGUUUGAGUUCAAAGGCCACAUGUGGACACGUAUCCCGACCGAACAUUUACUGCGAGGCUCCCCUCCGCCUCCUCAGAGACGUUAUGGCCACACUAUGGUUGCCUUUGACCGUCACCUGUAUGUAUUUGGCGGUGCUGCUGACAACACUCUGCCCAACGAGCUGCACUGCUAUGAUGUGGACUCUCAGACCUGGGAGGUGAUCCAACCCAGCAUGGACAGUGAGAUGCCCAGUGGGAGACUCUUCCAUGCUGCUGCUGUGAUUCAAGAUGCCAUGUACAUCUUUGGAGGGACAGUGGACAACAACGUGCGCAGUGGGGAGAUGUACAGAUUCCAGUUCUCAUGCUAUCCAAAGUGUACUCUCCACGAGGACUAUGGCAAAUUAUGGGAGAACCGUCAGUUCUGUGAUGUGGAGUUUAUUCUGGGAGAAAGGGAGGAGAGAGUCUUGGGGCACAUUGCCAUAGUGACUGCAAGAUGUCAGUGGCUGCGGAAGAAAAUCCUGCAGGCUCGGGAUCGGCAGCGACAGAGGACUAAACAGGAAUGCAGUGAGGAGAGCGAUGAAGGGGCAGCUGGAGGCCCGAGGGAUAUCCCAGCAGGCAACAGGCCAUCAGGCACGCAGCCGAUGCUAGAGGUAUGCAUCAGGGAAGCAGAGGCCCAGCCCUUUGAAGUCUUAAUGCAGUUCCUCUAUACGGACAAGAUCCAGUAUCCGCGCAGGGGUCAUGUCCAGGAUGUUAUCCUGAUCAUGGAUGUUUACAAACUUGCUCUUAGUUUUAAGCUUUCCCGCCUGGAGCAGCUGUGUGUGCAGUACAUCGAGGCAUCUGUCGACCUGCAGAACGUUCUCAGUGUCUGCGAAAAUGCCAACAAACUGCAACUGGACCAGCUCAAGGAACAUUGCCUUAAUUUCGUGGUGAAGGAGUCGCACUUCAACCAGGUGAUCAUGACGAAGGAGUUUGAACAGCUGUCCACCCCACUGAUAGUGGAGAUAGUGCGGCGAAAACAGCAGCCGCCUCCCAGGGUGUACUCAGACCAGCCUGUGGACAUUGGGACCUCCCUGGUGCAGGACAUGAAGGCUUACCUUGAGGGAGGCGGCCUGGAGUUCUGCGACAUUAUUCUGCUGUUAGACGGACAUCCACGACCUGCACAUAAAGCCAUACUGGCUGCCCGAUCCAGUUACUUCGAGGCGAUGUUCCGCUCCUUCAUGCCGGAGGACGGCCAAGUUAACAUCUCUAUUGGUGAGAUGGUUCCGAGUAAACAGGCCUUUGAGUCUAUGCUGCGUUACAUCUACUAUGGCGAUGUCAACAUGCCUCCAGAGGAUUCCCUCUAUCUCUUUGCUGCCCCGUAUUACUACGGGUUUUCCAAUAACAGGCUGCAGGCUUACUGCAAGCAGAAUCUGGAGAUGAACGUCACUGUGGAGAAUGUCUUGCAGAUUCUGGAGGCAGCAGAUAAGACCCAGGCUCUGGACAUGAAGAAGCACUGCCUGCACAUUAUUGUCCACCAGUUCAUAAAGGUAUCCAAGCUCCCCAACCUGCGGUCUCUCAGCCAGCUGCUGCUGUUGGACAUCAUUGAGUCCCUAGCCACACACAUAUCAGACAAACAGUGUGCUGAGAUGGGCUCCGACAUUUUAGGAUGACGCCAAGAGCCGGGCUCUUUUCUCCUCUCACAGAAGCCAUACAUCUCUACUCCACCUACUUCUAGUCAUUCCCUCCUCCCCCAACACACAAUACUUUUCUUUAUGUUGGACCUCGCAUGUCUCGACCCUCAUACAGUAGAUUCCUUUAAUCCAUGCAGUGUCAAGUUGUUCUUUUUUCUCAAUCUGCAUCUCAGCAAGAAGUGAAAUCGUUGAAGAAACUGUCAAAUUAUCUAAAAAUUCCCCUUUAUGUUUAGUUUUUAAUUUAUUUAUUUUGUAAACGCAGAACAAAACUUUUUCAGGUUUUUUCUGCUCAGUAUUACUGCUGCUUUUAAUAGAUAUGCAGUGCACUGUAACAAUUCAUACUUGUGACAUUAUAGGAAUGCUCAAGUGUUGCCCUUGCUAUCUGCUCAGAUGCAUUGUCAGCCAUCUAAAUGCAACUUAAUCAAAACUUAAACACAGUACACAGUAUAUGAAAUGGAUUAUUUAUCAAAAUCUGUAUUCAUCACUUGUAUUAUUCUCAGCUCUCACACAGUUAACAUGCCUGUUUGUGAGGAAUCAAAACCAUUAUGAAUAUAAGAAUGUACGUCUGUCUUAAAGCUGUUUGCUUUGUCAUUGGCAUACACCUUUGUAAUACUAAUCACCUCUUACUAACAGACAAGCUCUCUUUAUCCAUACAGUAUAGCAGUGUGUGUUUAGUGACACCAGUAUGUCAUUGGUAAAUAUUUACCCACAUGAGUUUCAUGUAUUUAAAGCCUUAAUAAAUCUUCUCUUACAAAAUAA